AUGGAGGCAAAUGCAUUAAACGCAGGCCAGCAGCAGCAACAGCAGCAGCAAGAGGCUCCGGCUGCAGCAUGGUCCCAGCGCACCAUCUCGCUGCCGCAGCACCGCCGCGGCUGCCACAUCAUCACCAACAAGAUCUACGAGGCGGUACCUGAGAUUGCGGAGUACGAGGUGGGCCUGGCCAACAUCUUCAUCCUGCACACCAGUGCGUCACUCACCAUAAACGAGAACGCGUCACCAGACGUCCUGCUCGACCUCAACGACUCCCUGGACCGGCUGGCGCCAGAGGGCAAGAUGUACCGCCAUGAUGAUGAGGGGCCUGAUGACAUGCCCGCACACGUCAAGUCGUCGCUGAUGGGGGCAAGCCUAACGGUGCCCAUCUCCAAGGGGCGCCUAGCAUUGGGCACCUGGCAGGGCGUGUACCUUAACGAACACCGGGAUCGCGGUGGGUCACGCAGCAUCGUCAUCACCCUGCAGGGGCAGAAACGCGCCGACGGCCGCGCCUAUGGGCGCUACCGCUGA